UUGUGCCUGGGAACAAAUAUUUUUAGGUUCUAGUUUUGAAUCACAUUGUUUCACGCACAAGGCUGGAAGUCUACACAAAUCCGAGGACAUGGAGACUGCUGUGAUCAAUCUGCACAGCAUUUUUAAUAGCCUGCAGGCACAAUUUGAUGUUCUCAAUGAAAGCAUUGAGCCCCAGUUCAUUCAGAUGGCCUUGAACUUUGAGGACAGCCGUCGUAAAUGGCUGAGACGCGAGCAGGAGCUAAAUGCAUGUAAGGAGGUGCUCACCAAGGCCGAGACGGAGCGAGGAGCUCUGGAGAUCAAGCUGAAGCAUGCCCGCAACCAAGUAGAUGUGGAGAUCCGUCGGAGACAGAAAGCUGAGGCUGACUGUGCCAAACUGGACCGUCAGAUCCAGCUCAUCCGGGAGCUGUUGGUGUCUGAAGGUUCCAGUAACAGCAUCCAGUUAAAUGAGGAGCAGCGGUCAGCUCUGGCCUUUCUGAAUGCCCGUUCCCAGAAUCCUGCAAACCUCAACACUAGCCGACGACUGACCACUAUUGAUGAAUCAGCCUCUAUCUUGUCAGACAUCAGUUAUGAUAAAACGGAUGAUUCUUUGGACUGGGACUCUUCUGCAAUCAGGACUGUUCGUCUCAAGAAACGGCAAAAGAGACGCUCCUCCCGAAACCACACAGAUGGUCCCCCUGCCGCUGCCAAGAGGUCCCGUUCCACUGGCCGCACCUCUGAGAAAGGUAAUGAGUCUCUGGUGGCUAAGACCACCGUGACUGUGCCCACUAAUGGCGGACCCAUUGAAGCUGUCACCACAGUGGAGGCUGUUCCUUACUGGACCCGGAGCCGCCGAAAAACUGCUGCUCUGGAGUGGGACACUGCUGACACAGACUCUGUUCAGUCUAUGGAUGUGUUCAAGCAGCCCAGUCAACCCAAUGGAGAGACCAAGGCAGGGCCCAGCACUCCCCAGGGCAACGGAGGUGUCCGUCUGCAUGAAUUUGUCUCCAAAACGGUGAUCAAGCCAGAGUCUUGUGUGCCAUGUGGUAAGAGGAUCAAAUUUGGGAAGAUCUCUCUGAAGUGCAGGGACUGCCGUGUGGUGGCCCACCCUGAGUGCCGUGAGCGCUGCCCUCUGCCCUGCAUUCCAAACAUGACUGGGACUCCAGUGAAAUUCGAGGAGGGCAUCCUAGCAAAUUAUGUGUCCACCUCCUCUCCCAUGAUUCCUUCGCUAGUAGUGCACUGUGUUAAUGAGAUUGAGCAGAGAGGCCUACAUGAGACCGGUCUGUAUCGGGUGUCUGGCUCUGAUCGAGUGGUCAAGGACCUGAAAGAGAAGUUCCUGCGUGGGAAGACUGUUCCCUUGCUCAGCAAGGUGGACGAUAUCCAUGCCAUCACUGGCCUCCUCAAGGACUUCCUGAGGAACCUCAAAGAACCCCUGCUGACCUUCCGCCUCAAUCGUGCCUUCAUGGAUGCUGCUGAGCUCUCCGAUGAAGACAACAGCGUCGCCUUGAUGUAUCAGAACAUCAGUGAUCUUCCACAGCCCAACAGAGACACUCUGGCCUUCCUCAUCAUCCAUUUGCAGAGGGUGGCCCAGAGCAAAGAUACAAAGAUGGACAUAACCAAUCUGGCUCGUGUAUUUGGGCCCACAAUUGUGGGUCAUACCGUGCCUGACCCAGAUCCAAUGACCAUUCUGCAGGACACAAAACGGCAGCCAAAAGUGGUUGAGCGUCUCCUGGGUCUGCCUGUGGAGUACUGGAGUCAAUUUAUGAUCAGCAACAAUAACCAGACUCACAAUGAUAACAUGAUCAUUGAGAACGCCAAUGUCCACGCAACUCCUGAUCAGAAAAUUGGACUGUGA